AUGGUCAAAUUGAUAUUCAUACCCAAAAGAAGAAUAGCAAUGGUCUUUAUUUUAUUAAAAAGACAAGAAGAAUAUUAUCAAGCUAAAUUAAUUGGUCUUCGUUCUAUUUUAAUAUCAACUCAUUAUGCAUUAAAAAAUGUAACAGAUGUUGUAAAUGAAUUAACAAAAAUGAGCAGUGGAACAAGUUCAAAUGCACCUAUUGAUCGCCUUCAUAUGCACUAA